GGUUUGGACGUGUAUUGUACCUCCAUGCUGCCUCCCUCUCUGAAGCUGCUCACCACAAUGACCAGGCUCUUAUGAGGGAGCUGCCUCCUGUCAGUGCAGCGCAGACGCCUCAGCGGCAGCGGCGCGGCGGCGCAUUCGUCCACUCGCUGACACCGAGACACUCAAGGAGGAAUAAAUGCCACACAUCUGAGACGUAAAAGGUCAAUGUGGCCACCAAAGCAGCUCUCUGGAGUAGUCGUCUGUCAUCGUGGAUUCCCGAGGCGUGUCUCUGUAGCAAACCACUCCUCCUCCUCGUGAGCGCUGCUGCCGACUUCCUCUCUCUGCCAGUCUCUCUGCUCUCCUCACCCCACCCCCGGCCAGCCGCCGGCUCUGCACUGCGUUGGAAUGGACACUGAGUCGACCCACUCAGGCUACUCCUAUCACUCAAGCCGCUCGGGGAGAUCAAACCGACAUGGGGACCGAAGCCGUGAGCGGCACAAGGCCAGCAGCAGCAAAGACAGCAGCCGCUCUGAGAGGUCCGUCGUCAUCAACCCCCCUGACACCCCCUCGCAGGACUCCCCUGUUCACAAUGGAGAGCCUCUGCCUGGAGAACCCUCACCAGCAGCAGAUCAUGGAGACGAGGCCCAGGAUGAUAACUGGGGGGAGACCACCACCGCAGUGACAGGAACCUCAGAGCUGAGUAUUUCCCAGGAAGAAGUGGUCGGACUGGGUAAAGGCAUACAGGACCGCACCCAAGGCUUCCGCCGCUACCUUCCCCUAGCUUUGGGUAUAUGUGUGGGGUUGCUGGUGUUGGCCACGCCCUUGGUGUUCCUGCUUCUUCCAGCUGUCAUGUGGCCCGACAGACUGCAGGCUUGUGGCGCUGCCUGCGAGGGUCUGUUCCUUUCUAUCUCGUUCAAGCUCCUCAUCCUUCUGGUGGCCAUUUGGGCCUUGUUUCUUCGACCAGGCCGCGCCAGCCUGCCCAGAGUGUGUGUGUAUCGUGCCUUCCUCACCACUCUUACACUCCUGCUCACCAUGUCAUAUUGGCUUUUCUAUGGGGUUCGGAUACUUGAUGCUCAGGACGAGGACUACCAUGGUAUCGUCCAGUUUGCUGUGUCCCUCGUGGACUCCCAGCUGUUUGUCCACUACCUGGCCGUUGUGCUGCUGGAGCUUCGUCACAUCCAGCCCUGCUACAGCGUGUCUGUCAUUCGCUCCACUGACGGAGAGACGCGUUACUACAACAUUGGACAGCUAAGCAUUCAGAGGGCUGCUCUGUCCAUUUUGGAGUAUUACUACAGAGAUUUUCCAAUCCAUAACCCAUCACUUCUCUCUGCCUCAAAGCACCGGGCUGCCAAACACCUGGCUGGGUUAAAGGUCUACAACGUGGACGCCCCGGGGAGCACAGCAGGAGCACAGCCUGGAAAUGGCAAUCAGUCACGGGCCAUGGUUACAGCUGCAGCCAAACGCAAAGACGCUGCCCACAGUGAGCUGUACUACGAAGAGGCCGACUACGAGAGGAGAGUCCGUAAACGCAGAGCCAGGCUGGUGGUGGCCGUGGAGGAGGCCUUCACACACGUCCGACGGAUGAAAAAAGAGGAUGAGCGCGCAACACCGUCUGACAUUAUGGAUGUGCGUGAAGCAGCUCUGGCCAUAUUUCCCUCCAUGGCCCGUGCCCUGCAGAAGUACCUCCGCACCACCAGGAGGCAGCACUGCCACAGCAUGGAGAGCAUCCAAAAGCACCUUGCUUUCUGCCUCAUCAAUAACAUGAGCCCAAAGGCCUUCCUCGAAGCCUACCUGGCCCCAGGUCCCACCCUGCAGUACGGCCCUGAGCGCUGGAUGGCUGACCAGUGGAUACUGGUCAGUGAGGCUUCAGUCACUGGUGGCAUAAAGGAGGGGACAGAGUUCCUACUGAAGUGUCUUGACUUCAGCCUAGCUGUGACCGUCAAGAGAAUCCCUUACAUCCGACUGACUGAGGAGUACGUUGACCCCAAGUCUCACAAGUUUCUACUGCUGCUCCAAUCAGAAACCUCAGUUUAACAGUGACAGAGUCGACCAGUGCUGCUGAUCUGGACUGUUACAGUUAUCUGUUUGACUUUUUCAAAACUGGCUUUUUGUACUUUUUUUGUACUUCUGUUUGUGUAAUUUUCUCACAUGGAGUAUGUUUCUGUCCUCGUCUUCAUCUCGGGCGUCAUGACAGACGAUAACCAAACCGUAAAACAAGAGGGAACAUGCUUGGCUUUCUCUGUCCUGACAUUUUCAGAACACAGUUCAGGUAUUCCUCUAUGCACGAACAGAUUGCAAAUUUUCCACUUCCUUUAUUUGCAUGUGCCAGUGUGUGCCUGCAUGGGAGAGUUCAUGAUUUAGGAGUGAGUGUGUGUGUGUGUGUGUGUGUGUGUGUGUGUGUGAUUUACAAUAUAAAAGUAAGUGUGUGUCUUGAAUGUAGUGAACACCUGGCAUCUGUCUCUGCCUGUCUCUUCUGUCUCCCUGGGGGUUGCUAUGGUAACCAGGACAUUUGAUAUAACCCUGAACAUGUUUCACCAAAUCUGCUCUUUUUCAGUCUUAUCAAUGAUUAUUUAACUGUCCUGUAUUACAGAUGUCUGUACAGUAUUUAUAUGUGAAUAUAUUUUAUCCCUUUACUUACCUUUACCAAUACCUUUUCUAGCAAUAUUGUGCUUGAAUGAUUUUUUUUUUUUUUUAACCUUGUCAGUCUGCGCUGUAUUUGUGGCGAUAACUGGACUGUAAAUAGAGAUGAAGAUGUAAAUCACUGGACAGAAAUCACUGGAGUCUCUUGGACUGAAUGCCAAACACAGUGCAGGUGAAUAUAGAGUCUGACCAACAGACACUCAAUAUGUUUGGGUUUGUACAGUUAAGUGUGUGCACUGAUGUUUCAGUAGGCUAGCAGAGAGACUAAAUGUUUGGACGGAUAUGAGGUCCAUGUGGUCGAUCCUUUUUUUAUAUCUCCACCUUUUUAAAACACAAAAGAUACACCACUGAUUUUCAUCUUAAUUCAUCAUGAACGGGGUGUAUUAUAAGAGUUUCUCUCUGCAUAAUGUAAAUCCUGUCAGCCAAGUUAAAUAUACUCAGCCGUGAGCACAAGACAAUGCUUAAGGAUGUUAAUGUUUCAAAAAGAUUUAGGAUGUUCUCUCCAAAUCCCUCUCCAAAAGGAAUAGUCGCUUAUCUCAUGCUGACGAGCGUUUAAACAAGUGUUGAAAAUCAAUCAUUUAGUGCAAAUCACUAAAUCUUUACAUACAUUUACAGCUCAACUCAGCGUCAGUAUUCCUGUUGUCAGUAUUUUGUCUCGGUGUCACACUACUGCCACCCAUCUGCAGCUACUGGAACAGGAAAGUUGUCCCGAGAGUCGACUAAACUGUUCAUUUGUAUGAAUAUUUGAUCUGUAUUUUUAAAACCCUUUGUACUUAUGAGACCUCUUAUGUUGUAAAUUUAUAUUUACACAAGUGUUACCGUGGUCACUGGCAGUGUAGUUUUGUUUAGGCUUUAGGAGUGUCAAUGGUCGUAAAUAGUUCUUGACUACACAUGUGCCUCAGUUUUAUAUAUUUAGGAUAGCAUAUUCAGCAUACAUGUACAGUUUUCAAGUGUGUGUGUGUGUGUGUGAGAGAGAGAGAGAGAGAGAGAGAGGAGUGUGGGGGUGGGGGUAAAAAAGAAAGAAAGGGAACAUAAUGAAGAAAGAGAUUGCUUUCCUAGAUGUCAUGCAGCUGACUGGUCACAAGUCUCAAGUUGUCCCUGUCAUCUUUUGUACAACAAAACAUGUAAAAACACAACUACUGUGUCAAAGUCACAUUUGUAAAAAAAGAAGAAGAAAAAAAAGAUAAUAAAUAAAUAAAUAUUUGUACUGAC